UCAGCUGGAGUCAGUGGUCCUUCGGCUGGAGGUGACAUUCAGUGGGCUAGCAGAACCGGGGGAAACUCAGCAUCUAUAAACGCUCCACCAUGGCACAGGCUGUGCAGAAAAUGGUUGCUAAAAUACCUACUCUUGUUGGGGCCGCUGUCACCUAUUCCAAGCCUCGGCUAGCAACCUUCUGGUAUUAUGCUCGCGUUGAGCUGGUUCCCCCGACCCCCGCUGAGAUCCCCAAGGCCAUCGAGGGAGCCUCCAAUCUGGUCAAGGCCUUCCAGGCGGGCCGCCUCGGCCAGACCACCAUGAAGGAUGCUGUGAGGAACGGGUUGGUGGCCACCGAAGUGCUGAUGUGGUUCUACAUCGGAGAGUGCAUUGGCAAAGGCGGUCUCAUUGGCUACGAUGUCUGAUAUUUUUGGACGUUUUGGAUGUUUCUUUUUUCCUUUAGAGCGUUCUAUGCUCAAUCUUCUGUAAGAAUACUGGGAACCAAUAAACAGAAAUCUAUUGUUUGUUUCA